AUGGGUCGCAAGCCAAACCAGCUCAUCCUCGAGUUCUUUAUUCGAGGUCAGAAGCUCGAGGACGCUAGCAAUCGUUAUCAACAUACGUGCAAGGCCUGUGGCGAGAAAUUCCCCAAGGGUCGCAUCGACAGUCUCACCAAUCACCUCGUGAAAAAGUGUCAAGCCAUCCCGCUUUGCGACCGACAACGCGUCCUCCUGCGCCUCCACGAUCUCCCCGAUAUCACCGACGGCGAUCAGAAUAAGGACCCGAGCGCUGCGGGUCAAGGUAAAGGCAAAGGGGUGGAUAUGCCAUUUACCACGCGACAAAACUUCGAUGGCCUCAAUGUUUUAGCCGAAGCUUCGCGACAGGUUGGCGCGGUCUCCUCCGACCAGAACAAACGCGGCGGUGCCGCAUACACUCAAUCCGUCACCGUUGGAGGAAAAACAGUCGUCGUUGACCCGGCGCUCGAAGCUGAAGGCUUCCAGGGUCAGCUUCCUCAGUCCGAACACGUGGAGGAGGACGUGAAGCCGCCUGGGACGCCUCAAGCCUCCAACGCGGCCCUUCCUUCCCUCCCCAAUACCUCCCAGGGCGAUCAGCCAUCGUCCGCGUCGCCCUCCUUGGCGGAAGCUUCGUUGACCCCCGAUCCCGCCUCGAACGCCCGCCAGUCACAGCUGUCCAUGAUCGCCGCGUCCGCCAGUGAAAUGGUCCCCCAGGGUCUUACGAUGGAUCAUGACAUGCCCGAUGGCCUGCCCAAGUUGGGACAGUGGAACCAGCAGCUCUCCACCCAGGAACAGUUGUUGUUUGAUAGCCUCCAAGAACACGACCCCACACUGACUGCAGCCACUCAACGGGCGGCGACUUUCCCACGCCCCAUCGCGAUGAACCCGAACUCGCAGGCAAAGGGCUUUGUGAACGAGUUCGGCAACUCGACCAAACCGACGAAGCCGAAGGUGCGCGGCCGAUUUUCCGCUGCCAGACGCCGAGAAGUCCAGGAGGUUCGGAAGCGGGGCGCGUGCAUUCGUUGUCGCAUGCUCAAGAAGCCUUGCUCCGGUGACAGCCCCUGUACUACAUGCGCUAGUGUAGAAAGCGCUCGUUUGUGGAAGCAUCCGUGCAUCCGGACGCGCAUCGCAGAAGAGUUUGAAUCCUUCAACGCACAUUUGCAUACAACCCUUGCCUAUCACGACGUCAGCGGAAUCCGCAACCAUGUCAAAUUCGAGCACUACUCCGGGCGCAUCGAGGUGACGCAUUUCGAGGAUAGCAUGGUCUACGUCACAUUCAGCGGUCUUCAGGGCCACAAACCCUCCGCGUCCACCCUGGAUCCUCAGCUGCAGGGACUCGGGGAUGACACGCAGUUCCAGGGUACGAUGCAGGAGCUGUACUUGCUAGACAGCGACACUGAGGAUCUUCCUGGAAAGCUCGAAAUGUACUUCAAGAAGACGGCACCUCUUUUUUACGAGCGCGAAACGUCAGAUUUCAUGCGUCCUACCUUGUUGCUAGCCUCGGAACUGAGCCAGCAGAAGAAGGAUGUGCUCUUGGACCGGGUGCUGGAGCUCUGGAUUGCAACACAUAUCCUUGUGGAUUCGGAACUUCGCUGGAAGACCUACUGCAACCCGACUCUGCCGCCUACCUCGAUGAACUCGCUCGCUCAGCCGUCCGAUGACGGCCGUAUGCCCAUCGACGAAGUGGCUAAUGCUGAGACGUAUGCUCUUCUAUGCAGCCAACUGCGUGCAGCCACCGAGCGACGUGCUUCGCAGUUGAGCAAGUCGGUCAUGAACGACCUCGAGCGCCGACUGCUCCAGCGCCAGCAGAGUGGCUGGUUUGAAACAUUCCUGGUGGCCCUGAUCCUCCUGAACUGUGUGGAGAGAACCUGCUGGCUGUUCCGCACGUGGGAAGACGAAGCUUUUGCGCAGCGGUGGCCGUUGGACAAGCGUCCGCCGUACUAUGCAAGCCAGGGUGACCGCUUCUCGGACAUCCUGCACAUGCUGUUGAAGAUGCGCAGCCUACCUCCCAAGGCCACUCCGCGGCCGGAAGACGGUAUCUUGAAGGCGGUGGAGGGCAGUGACGAAAAUGCUGCUCGUUGGUUCGACAUGAUCAAGAUUACUCCUGCAUUCCUGGAACAACGACAGGCCGCAGUAUACGACGGCAGCGACUCUCGCUCCCUCGACCUGCGAUACGGCGCGAAACUGCUGCCUCUGACCAAUGCCUACAGCUGA